CCUGCAGUCGGCGGGUUCCGGGGGCUCCCGGGCGCGGAGUGGCCCGGCCGUGGGGAGACCGCGGGGGUGGCGCCUGCUCCGGGUCCGCGGCUUUCGCCCGCAGCCGGCCCCGGGCGCCCGCUUCCCGCAGGAGGAGUCGCCGCCCUCGCGUCGGAAGUUCUCGCAGUUACUGCGAGUGAGCGAGGCCCGGGGGUGGGGCUGCGCGGCGCCACGCCGACUCCGCCCCCUCCGUCCCGGGCGGUCGGUCCCUCGUCUCCCGACGUCGCUCUGCCCGUCGGUUUCUCCCAGACGCGGGCUUCGCGGGGUCGCGCGGGAUGUGUAUGAGCUCGAAGCUAGUGAGACGUUUAAAAGCGGCCGAGGACCCGGAGUGCGGAUUGUUUCCCACGGGUGCGAAGUGAGGGACACCUACCGGCGGCCUUUCCGCAGGCGAUGCCGGGGGUGCAGCCGCCGCUCGGCCGGGAGCUGGAGGGCGAGCCGGUCCCUCGGCCACCGCGCUGAGUGACCCGACGCCCCGGAAGCAUCACCUCGUCCAGGGACCAGGCCGGGCCGGUCUCAGCCGCGCAGGUCUGACCCCUCCCAUGUCCGUGCUCGGGUCCGACGCGCAGACUUUCCAAGGUUCUGUGAGCCGGGACCUGGUCUCUGGCUCGGGGUUGGCCCGAGGCUGGUCUUCCUCGCCCUUUCUGCGGUCUCGUCGCCGUCCUUCCAUUCCUUCCUCCUCUCCAUGACGAUCUCAUGACAUGGGGUGGAAGUGUUUUUCCAAAGGAUAUGUCAUUGUCAUCUUAAAUAUAGAAUUUUCAAAACACAAAGCAUCGGAAACUUCCCUCAUUUCCACUUUUAUCCAGAGAGCUCUUGAAACUAAAAGACCCUUCACAAGGCAGAAGUGGGUUUUGUGAUCAUUCAUUCUAUCCCAAGAUGAUGACAGAAUCCAAGAAAGCUGCAGCUCAGAAUCCUCAGGAGGAUGAAGGGCCCCUGAGAGUGAAGGUGGAGGAGGAAGAUUUUGUCUGGGGGCAGGACGCUGGCUCGGGGAGAAGUGAUUUUCUCAAGCAGGAGCUGUGCCGGCAGCUGUUCAGGCAUUUCAGCUACCGCGACGCACCUGGGCCCCGCCAGGCACUGCACCGGCUCCGUGAGCUCUGCGGGCUGUGGCUGCAGCCGGACACGCACAGCAAGGAGCAGAUGCUGGAGCUGCUGGUGCUGGAGCAGCUUCUGAGCAUCCUGCCCGCGGAGCUGCAGGCCCUGGUGCGAGAGCAGUGCCCGCGGAGCGGGGAGGAGGUGGUGACAGUGCUGGAAGACGAGAGAGGCAGCGGUGAAACAGCGCUCCAGGUCCCAGUCCCUGGACAUGGACAGGAAAUAUUCAGGAGAAAGGCUCCAUCUCCUGGACCAGCAUGUACUGACCAGCUCCAGCCAGUGGACACCAAGGACCUUCAGGCUUCUUCAGAACCCUGUCUCCCACUGAACUUCGAUCAUGAGAGUGAAAACAACGUGUCUCUGUCAAGUCUGGACGUUCCUGAAAACACAGGCUCACAGAGAAUUGUAUCAGGACGACCGUCGACGUUUGCAUCAGAGGAGUCUGCUGUGCCUUGGGACGUCUCCAAGGCUGCGGGCCAGACAGAGCCGCAGCAGGAAAACGAGCCUGGGGGGUCUCGGAGACCGUCGUCUGCUCAGGAUGGAGGUUUUAGCAAAAUCCUCACCCACAAAAAUAUACUUUCAGAUGAAAUAAUAAGUCACAAUGGAUGUGACAGACGUGUAAACCUGAACCCAAAUGAAUUUACACACCACAGAUCUUGUAAACACAGUACCUAUGACCAAAGUCUCCAGUGGAAUUCGGGUUUUAUUAUGCAUCAAAGAAUUUAUGUUGGAGAAAAAACUCCCCAACGUGGAAAAUCUCUCAAGCACUCAAACCUUAUUAAACAGACAGCAGUUUUCAGCGGAGAGAAAACCCAUCAAUGUAGUGAGUGUGGGAAAGCUUUCAGGCACAGCUCAAAGCUUACCAGACACCAGAAAACCCACACUGGAGAGAGACCCUAUGAGUGCAACGAGUGUGGCAAAGGCUUUGGGGGGAGAUCAGAUCUCAUUAGACACCAGAGAGUCCACUCUGGGGAGAGACCCUUUGAAUGCAAAGACUGUGGCAGAGCCUUCAGCCUGAACGCACACCUCGUCCUGCACCAGAGAAUCCACACCAGAGAGAAGCCCUAUGUGUGCAGUGAAUGUGGGAAAACCUUCAGGGUGAGCUCACACCUCAUUCGACACCUGAGAGUCCACACCGGAGAGAAACCCUAUGCGUGCAGCGAGUGCGGGAGAGCCUUCAGUCAGAGCUCGCACCUCAGCCAACAUCGGAGAAUUCACAAGAGGGAAAGCCUGUUAAUGUGAGGGACUUCAGUUCAUAGGGAAUGCUAAGGAAACAGCGAAAUGUGGGAAACAUUGAAUACAAAGUAAAUCCUGGGUGGGGUGAGUGGCUGACAGCAGCAUCUCUUUCCUCCCUCUGGUCCUCUAGUGUGCGGUCCUGCCUGUGGUCUGACCUCUCUGCUUUCUGAAAGGCUAGGCUGCCAGACCAGACGAGCAGAGAUGGGGGAGGCAAAUCAGUAGGUUAGUCCAUCGGUGGAGAGAGGACAAAAAAGGACCUUCUUACGAAAUAACCCUGAUCAGUGUGGGGGGACUCGAGGAGAGAGUCAUCCUCAGCCCCGCGUCGUGGUUCUGCGCACCGAGGCCGCUCUGCAGCCGAGGACAGAGCUGGAGGGUUGUGUGGAAGGGGGCGAGGCAGUGGUGGCCCUCUGACAAGUAGGGUGUAAUCUGCAUCGAGGUCCUGCCAGGAAGUACACCCAAGGCAAGAGGCUGGAGUUAGAGAUUCCAACAGGAAGGAGGGGUGUGGAAGGAAAUGAGCCAAGAGGUGGGGUCAGAGGUGAGCAAUGUGUUCAAGUGGGAGGGAACCUAGAUCUGGAGGCGACAGCUGCAGUCCUGUAACGGGAACCUUCCUGCCACGUGUGCUGUGUGUUUGUGGACACCUUCCUGGGCUGAGUGGACAGAGACUGCAGUUCUGGGGGCCUCUCGACUGGCCACUGACAAGUGAGGAGGGCAGAGGGAGUCGGUACCAAAAACAAAGCUUCUGCAACUUUAAACCAGCACAGAAAUGCAUCUAUUCUAAAUUCCUUGCCCGUGUUCCCAUUUAUCCUGUAAUACCCUGGUGAAUAGUAGAGUGGUUAUUACCCUUAUUUCAUUGAAGAAAAUUUUGAGUUAAAAGGAGUUCAGUAACUUGUCAACAGUUACAAGGUUAUGAGGUGAAAAGAAGGAUUCAGCUGCUCAUCUAGAGACACGGUUAAGCCAUUACCCCAAGGCAUCUGGCCCGCUGCAGAGAAGUUUUAUAACUGUUUGCCUAAAGUAGGGGUCCUCAAACUUUUUAAACAGGGGGCCAGUUCACUGUCCCUCAGACUGUUGGAGGGCCGGACUAUAGUUUAAAAAAAAGACUAUGAACAAAUUCAGCAACAGGCAGCGGCGGCAAAAACACCCAGCGGGCCGGAUAAAUGUUUUCGGCGGGCCGCAUGUGGCCCGCGGGCCGUAGUUUGAGGACCCCUGGUCUAAAGGAUCAUUUCCAUAUGAGGGUUUGACUUUGGAAAAACUGCCAUGUCCAGAGCACAAGACCUUCAAGCUUCUCUUGCUCAUUCCCAUGGCAUCUUUUUGUUCCUGAAUUCCUAAUGAAACUGCCACAGCGUGCAGCCAUGCGGGCAGUCUGGUGCCUCCUCAGAGUUGAGCCACCUGGAACCUCUCCCACUCUCAUCACAGGCGUGAAGUUCAUCUCCUCUGGAUUCUCAGAUGCUGGGCGAGGCCAGUGCUUUCGAUAGAAGCUUUCCUGCAUUCUUCACGCUGGCGGGGAGUUUCAGGGGAGAAACAAAUUAGAUUUUCUCACAGUUACUACAGUGACACAGUUCUCCCAACUUGGGUUCUCUCGUGUCCUGAAAGGCGGGAGUGCUGAAUAUAGGCUUUCCCACAGUGUAGUUCCUGUGUUUGCUAAGAUUUGAAUUCCAGGUGAGAUUUUCCCAACAUUUAUCACCUGUUUGUUUGAGGCAUCUGCACAGUUGCCUUCCUCGUCUGUCCCCAGUGAGUCAUGUGCAGGUCUCACCUCAGAGGUGGUGACUGGGCUGUCACCACAGCCCUGGGUGCCCAGAGGGUCCUGAGCUUGGCUUGAUGCUGUUGUCCCAGCCUGGAAAUUCUUCAUUCUAUCUUUUUGUUGUUUCUAUUAAUGGUCACCCAAGGAUAUCUUUCCCCACAGGUUUUUAGAGAGUGGAAGGGAAGGCGGGGGAGGGGGGAGAAAGAGAGAGAGAGGCAUCGAGAAGCAUCCAUGUGAGAGAAAAACAUCAAUUGGUUGCUUCCCGCACAUGCCCGGACUGACUGGACUGGAGAUUGAACCUGCAACCCAGGUACAUGCCCUUGACUGGGACUCAAACCUGAGACCGAUGCUCCGGCUGACUCUGUGACCACUGAGAAGCACCAGCUAGGACUCCUGAUUUUAUCUUUAAACUUGUGCUUUGUGAGUGAAUUAAAUAGGAGAAUGGGCCAUGUACCUGAGCUGAGAACAUAUCUGUGUUUCUUUGCCCCCCUGUUGUAUCGAGCAUUUGUGUUCCCCAUGAGCACAGAUUUCAGUGGGCCCAUGAGUCUUGGGAGUUCACUGAGGCUCAGAAUAUGAAGGGGAGCAGAGGAGGCCACCCCAAAAGGGGCCACUGUGGCAUGUGAAUUAUUUUGAGCUGAAGGAAAUUGAGACCCAGCAGACUCAGGAAAAAGUUUAACCUCUCCCUUAACUAUCCAAAAUUUUUAUUGUGGGCCUGUCCUAGAAAGAGAGCUAUGAAGAGAGUUAACUUUUACCUGAGUGACCUUUAGGUAGGACAGGGCAACCCUCAGAACCAAACAUCUGCCCUUAUCUUCCUGUGAAUCACCUUCCCCCGGAGCACCAGGCCCCAUCCGGCCUCCCAUUCCUCAGCUCAGGAUGACAGACAAGCCUCGACUGCCUUUGGGUCUUAUCUUUUUUGGUGCUUUUGUAUGUACAAAAUUAAAAUUGUUUUUCUCCUGUCAA